UUAUUUUACUUUUAUAAUGUGAUUAAAUAAAUAUUAUUAUCAAUCGUUAAAACCGCCUACAAUUUAAGAAACGCGAGAUUUCGUGGCAAACCACUCGUGCACACUAAACAACCCAAACAACGUCCCUAUUCAAUGUACAAGUUAAAUUCUUUAAAGGAAAAAACAUACUGUAGUUUUUUCCUUUCUCAAGGACAUGGUAUCAAGGACUUUAUUGGUCAGGCUUUCCUAUAUAUUGCGAGGCUUUUUGCAAAGGAGUUUUCUCAGGACACUGCUGACUUCGUCAUCCGUCUUUCAAUUUUUCCAAAGUGGAUCAUCGCAGUGCUAUUCUUUGUUAUACAAGAGUCUGUUUGUUAUACAAGAUUCUUCAAUUUUUGUAUGAAGAUUUCAGAAUCGUGCUCUGCAGGGACAACGAAUGAAGAAUUAGAGAAAAAGAAUAAAAUUAUGCCAUCUGAUCAUUCUUCGUCUAAUAAUUCGCAUUCAAUGAAGUAUCAAGGACACGGUUCUCGUCACUCAUCACGAAAAAAUAAAGGGCAAUCUGCUUCUUCAUCGCAGCAAAAGUCAUCUUCUCCUUCAGUUGACAAAAAUAGUCCACAAUAUGCAGCGUUGCAUUCACAUAUUAAAGACCAGAAAGCGGUGCCAAAAAAUAAAUUUGGCAAAUCAAAGAAGUAUCAAUCACGUGGCUCACAGUCAUCGCAAAAAAAUGGAGAUCAGACUGCAAAGAGUUCAUCAGACCAGCAAAAUACACCAGCUUUUGUAAGCAAAAGGAACAAACAAUUUGUACCUGUGCAUUCACCGAUUAAAGAAGAGAAAGUUACGACAAAAAAUAAUCCACCAUUUGGCAAAUCUAAGAAGUUUCAUGCACGUGCUUCACGCUUACAAUCGCAAAAGAAUGAAGAACAGCCUGCUUCCGACAAGCAAUCACAUUCAUCUUUUAUGGAAAGAAAAAACCAACGAUUUGCAGCCUUCAAAGAACAAAAAGCAUUGUUGAAAAAUAAUCAAGGUGGUAAAUCAAAGGCUAAGAAACAGAAUGCUGCUAAAAGUUAUGGAAGACGUGAUGAUGGUUCUGCAAAUCCAUGCUCUUCUGUAACUGGUGUCCAGUCACAUUUGAAAUAUCAAAAGUCCAGUAGUACAAAAUUUGUUUUGCAACGUAGUGAACUUCCUACCAAGCAGGAAUUUUCAUCACCAAGGAUCUCAAACAAGAAAAAGGAUUUGAAACAGAAUUUAACAGUAAUACCAACUGUAAAUUUAUUUACCAAAGACCAAAAAGCGAUCCCAAAACAGAACUCGUAUCACAAAUCAAAGAAGUAUCACGGUCGCAGUUCGCGCUUAUAUUCAAAAAAGAAUGAAGAACAGACUGCACGUCGUUGUCUAGACCGGCAAGCACCACCAUGCUAUUUUACCAAAAAGUACCGAGCAUUUAGAAGCAGACGUUUCCGUUCAAGAGAGCUUGAAGACGGGUCUGUAAGCAGUUCUUCUUCAGAGCAUAAUCAUAAGUUAACACAUUUCCCUGAUACGUUGGAAGAAUGGUUCGAACACUAUAGCGUUGCGCACAGAGAUGAACUACCUGAAAUUCUUUCAUCAAUUUUAGCUGAUUCUCCACCAUUGGUGUCGACGUUUGAGUACAAUUUUGGUAUGUCUACAUCCCAUACGGCCGAUGGCCGAAGCCAGCCCCAGCCACAGUAUCAUUUCGGUCAAGCUGCAUCCAGUCGUGCCUUUCAAUCUCGGCCGUUAUCACAGUAUUAUUUCGACCAACCUUUCACCUACUCAACCUUCCCCCGAGGAUCCCAAGCUCAGACGAUCCCACAGUAUACUUUUGGCCAAUCUACGCCGAGUCGACCUUUUCAGCAGACUACUUCAUCCCCUCAGACAGCGCCUCAGUAUUAUUUUGAAACACCUUUGUUAUACUCUUCCUUGCUACGGGGUUCACAAGCUCAGUCAGUACCACAGUAUAAUUCAACCAACACACCUCGUCAGGCUUGUCAAACUCGAUCUGUGCCUCAGUGUAGUUUCGGUUUGUCGACACCCAGCACUGUUUAUCAACUGAGUCAGCCUAUGCGACAGUAUACUUUUGGCCAGCCAACUGCCAACCGGUCGUUUAAUCAAGCCUCACAGUCUCGGCCUGUACCCCAGGUAUACUAUUUUGAUCAACCUUUUUCAUAUUCUGCAUUCCACCGGGGUUCACAAGGACAGUAUAAUUUGACUCAACCGACUGCCAAUCGCCAAGCUACUCAAUCUCAGCCAGUACCUCAGUAUUAUUUCGACCAGACUUUGCCAUAUACUACAUUACACCGGAAUUCUCAAACCCAACCCCAGAUUGUCAUAGGACCAUUGGCCAGCCAGCAGGAAAUAAAUGACUAUUAUCUCGCUUAUCCAAGUGCAUAUUACCAGAGUCAAUUACUGUCUGAAGAGCCUGAAUCAUACGAUAUGAAUCCUGAAGAUGAUGAAGAAGAUGUAGAUUUCCCUAACCUAACAGAAACUGAAAGUAUACCAUGAAAAAUUAAAAAUUCAAAUGACGUAAUUUAGAACAAUUGUUUAAAAACUAAAAUAUUUGGCAACAUAUGUAAAAAUUGGUAAUUUCGACAAAUUUUACGUGAAGAAAAGUAAAAACUGAUAUGUAAUUAA